ACCCCUCGUGGGGAGUCCCCCACGGGCAUCCGGGGGCGGGGAGGGGCGGGGCGGCCGCAGCCCCCUCCCGCUCGCCCGGGAGCGGUUCCGGGUCGCGGAGGCGGGAUCCGCGGCGGUACCGGGGACUGGCGGCGACAUGCGGUUCCGCUUCUGCGGGGACCUGGAUUGCCCCGACUGGGUCCUGGCCGAGAUCAGCACCCUGGCCAAAAUCUCCUCGGUGAAGCUGAAGCUGAUCUGCGCCCAGGUGCUGCGGGACCUGCUGGGGGAUGCCAUCGAGUAUGAGAAGAUCCUGAAGCUGACCUCGGAUGCCAAGCUAGAGUCAGGGGACGUGAAGGCAACCAUUGCCGUCCUCAGCUUCAUCCUCUCCAGCGCCGCCAAGCACAACGUGGACAGCGAGUCCCUGUCGAGCGAGCUGCAGCAGCUGGGACUGCCCAAGGAACAUGCCAGCGGGUUGUGCCGGUCCUACGAGGAGAAGCAGAGCUCCCUCCAGGACAGCCUCAGGGCCUGCAGCCUGAGACUGAGCCAGCUGGGCUCGGUGCGCUGGCGGGUGGAUUACACCCUCAGCUCCAGUGAGCUGCGGGAGGUCAACGAGCCCCUCGUGCACCUGGUCUUCAACCUGCGGGACGGGGAGCGUGGGGGGAUGGCGGCUGUCCCCAUUGCCAUCUCGGCUGACAAGUUCCGGGUGCUGCUGGCAGAGCUGAAGCAGGCCCAGGCCCUGAUGAACACCCUUCUCUGAGGAGCUGGGAGAAGCAUCAAGGUGGGAUGGCAGGAACUGGUGGGAGAGGCUGGGGGCGGCAUUCCCUGCCCUCCUGCUAAGCCCCCGGCACUGAGGCUGUCACCGAAAUUGGGAAUAAACCUCUUAACACCAA